UAAUAAUCGUCGGCUAUAGCUUUUAUAGAUUCGUUUCUCUCUGAUUUUUUUGUCUCGAUUUAUUUUUCUUUGAUUGGUAGUUCUUUUCCUCUUGGAUUUUCAAUUCAAGAAAAUGGCGUUAAUUUCUUUCGUCGGAAGGGUUCUUUUCGCCUUAGUGUUCAUCCUUUCUGCUUGGCAAGAGUUCAAUGAAUUUAGUGUUGAUGGAGGGCAAUCAGCUAGGGCACUCAAACCGAAAUUCAAUGUCUUCUCAAAAAGUUUGACAUCUCAUACGGGGUUGGAAGUGCCGGCAUUUGAUAUUAAGUAUCUAGUUGCUGCUGCUGUAGCCUUCAAGGGUGUUGGGGGUCUCCUUUUUAUCUUUGGAAGCACUAUUGGAGCUUAUCUUCUGGCUCUGCAGCAGGUCAUUGUUACUCCUAUAUUGUAUGACUUCUACAACUAUGACACAGAAAAGAAAGAAUUCAGCCAACUCUUUUCAAAGUUCUCACAGAACUUGGCUCUGCUUGGGGCAUUACUCUUCUUCAUUGGGAUGAAGAACUCAUUGCCCAGGAGACAACUCAAGAAAAAGGCUCCGAAAACCAAAACAGUUUGAAGGAGGAACAUCUGGUAGGCCAAGGGUGUAUUCGAUUUCACUGUCUACGUUGGUCAAUCCUGAUCUAUUUUUCGUAUGCUUUGUUAUUCAAAAUUAGGGAAAGAAAGAGGGCAUGUUACUUUGAUACUGUCAACUUCUAAGUUAAGUUCACGUUGAUUCAUUGAGUUUGGGAAAGAAUUUUAAUAUUUUGGUUUCUAUUCUAA